UCUCUAUCCCUAAAAAAAUACAUCACGUCUUUUCCAGACAAUUCUCGUGGCUUGACUCUCUUUACAGCUGAUCAAUUGGCCAAGUUUGAUCCUAAUUAUCCUAACUCUGCUCCUGUGGAACCUGGACAAACAGGUUUGCGUAACCUUGGCAACACUUGCUACAUGAACUCUGUACUUCAAGCUCUGGCCCAUACUCGGGCCCUGGUAAAUUACUUUCUCAACGACGUUACAAGGGUUGUUAAUCGGACUAAUCCACUGGGAUAUAAAGGAGAGGUUGCUAUAGAAUUUAGCCAAUUGCUGUCUGCGAUUUGGAGGGGCUCAUUCCGGGAUAUUCGACCGAUUGCAUUCAAGGUUUGCCCAUAUUUCUUCUGA